AUGCUAUCCCGCUCCCUCCAAUCACCUCGGAUCAGCUUUCGAGCCUCUUCAUCUCUGUCUUUUAUCAGACAAUCCAUCCUUGGUCCUUUGACCGUAAAUCGAACUCUGGCGACCAUUAGCUCUCCCCGCCCUACACCCGCGGACUCAAUUGCUCCUACUUCUCGUCUUUCUACUAUCUCUCGACACCUAUCCUCGUCUGCAAUCUCCAAAGACCAACAAUCUUCCAACAUGGCUCCCGUGGAAACCCAGCAGUACGAUUACAUCGUCCUCGGCGGCGGUAGUGGUGGUAGUGGCAGCGCCCGCCGCGCCGCUGGUUGGUAUGGCAAGAAGACCCUGAUCGUCGAAAGUGGACGUUCCGGUGGUACCUGUGUCAAUGUGGGAUGUGUCCCCAAGAAGAUGACCUGGAACUUUGCGACCAUCAACGAGACCCUCGAAAUUGGCAAGAACUACGGCUAUGCCAUCCCCGAAAACAUCAAGUUUGACUACACCCACUUCAAGAACACUCGUGACGCCGUUAUCAAGCGUCUCAACGGCGCCUAUGAGAACAACUGGAACCGCGAAGGAAUCGACCUCGUCCACGGCCGCGCUGGUUUCGUCGAGCCCCAUACCAUUGAGGUCAAGCUGGCCGAUGGCUCCGGUACUGCCCGCUACACUGCACCUCACAUUCUGCUGGCGACUGGUGGCCGCCCCAACCUCCCCGCCGUCCCCGGUGCCGAGCACGGCAUCACCAGCGACGGAUUCUUCGAGAUGGAGGAGCUGCCCCCUAAGAUUGCCGUUGUUGGAGCUGGAUAUAUCGCCGUUGAACUUGCUGGUGUCUUGAAUGCCAUCAACGUUGAGACCCACAUGUUCAUUCGUGGCGAGCACUUCCUGCGCAAGUUCGACCCUAUGAUCCAGAAGACUAUGACCGACCGCUACGACGCCGCUGGUGUCAAGCUCCACCGUAACCACACUGGCUUCAAGGAAAUCCAGCUCAUCCGCGAUGGCAAGGGCAAGGACCGUCUGAUCAAGCUCAUUGGCCACGAUGGCUCCGAGCUUGAAGUUAACGAGCUUCUCUGGGCUGUGGGCCGUGCUCCCGAAGUCGAGGAUCUGAACCUGGACAUCCCUGGCGUGAAGCUGAACGCAGGCGGCCACGUCAUUGUCGAUGAGUACCAGAACACUAACGUUGAGGGUGUUUACGCUCUUGGCGAUGUCACCGGCCAGGCCGAGCUGACUCCAGUUGCUAUCGCCGCUGGCCGUCAACUCGGCAGCCGUCUCUUCGGUCCCCCCGAGCUGAAGCACUCUAAGCUUUCCUACGAGAACAUCCCCACUGUUGUCUUCUCGCACCCCGAAGUCGGCUGUGUGGGUCUCACUGAGCCCGAAGCCCGCCAGCGCUACGGCGAUGACAAGAUCAAGAUCUACCAGACCAAGUUCACUGCCAUGUUCUACGAUGUCGGCCUGUCCCCCGAGGAGAAAGCCAAGAACCCCACUCAGAUGAAGCUCAUCUGUGCUGGUCCCCAGGAGAAGGUUGUUGGUCUCCACAUCCUUGGUCUCGGUGUUGGUGAGAUGCUGCAGGGCUUCGGUGUGGCUGUCAAGAUGGGUGCUACUAAGCAGGACUUUGAUAGCUGUGUUGCUAUCCACCCCACCAGUGCCGAGGAGCUUGUGACCAUGCGGUAA